UGUCGUAAAAGCCACAAUGCGCAGGCGUUCUACCUCCCUCCUCCGCGCCCGGUUGUCGCAACACCUGACGCCUGCGCAGUAAGUUGCGUGGGUGUAUUGUGGCGGCAGAGUUAGUCACUGUGCUGCGCAGUCUGCGGGCGUUACUGUGCCGCGCGCCGCCGGGUGGUUAUAUCGAGGCUCAGUUGGCCCUCAGGCAGGCAGCGUGGGUCUGCCUUGGUUCUUCGGACCCAAGGUCUGUGAGCGGCCACGAUGUCGAUCUUCACCCCCACCAACCAGAUCCGCCUGACCAAUGUGGCCGUAGUACGAAUGAAGCGAGCCGGGAAGCGCUUCGAAAUCGCUUGCUACAAAAACAAAGUCGUAGGCUGGCGAAGCGGCGUGGAAAAAGACCUUGAUGAAGUUCUGCAGACCCACUCAGUGUUUGUAAAUGUCUCUAAAGGUCAGGUUGCAAGGAAGGAAGAUCUCAUCAGUGCGUUUGGAACAGAUGACCAGACUGAAAUCUGUAAGCAGAUUUUGACUAAAGGAGAGGUUCAAGUGUCAGAUAAAGAACGGCACACACAGCUGGAGCAGAUGUUUAGGGACAUUGCAACUAUUGUGGCCGACAAAUGUGUGAACCCUGAAACAAAGAGACCGUACACCGUUAUCCUUAUUGAGAGAGCCAUGAAAGACAUCCACUAUUCGGUCAAACCCAACAAGAGUACAAAACAGCAGGCUUUGGAAGUGAUAAAGCAGUUAAAGGAGAAAAUGAAGAUAGAACGUGCUCACAUGAGACUUCGGUUCAUUGUUCCAGUGAAUGAAGGGAAGAAGCUGAAAGAAAAACUCAAGCCACUCAUCAAGGUUAUAGAAAGUGAAGACUAUGGUCAACAGUUAGAUAUUGUGUGUCUCAUCGACCCCGGCUGCUUCCGAGAAAUCGAUGAGCUCGUAAAAAAGGAGACAAAAGGCAAAGGCUCUUUGGAAGUACUCAAUUUGAAAGACGUGGAAGAAGGAGAUGAGAAAUUGGAGUGACAGUCAUCAGUCUCUUCAGCUGUCAAACACUAAAGCGUUUUCAUUUCCCACAGCCCUGUUUUCCUUCUGUGAUCUGCCAAACACUUGCUCAGAUGUGUUGACAUUUUCCAUCUUUGUGGCAAACAUGUACACAAAAAGACUUUCCUAAGUAAGUAUUAUAAUGUGGGAUUAAUUUAGUUUUAAUUAUCAAAUGGGGUUUUAGGCAAAAGUGAAAUACAGAGUCCGGAGUAGCAUUUUGUUACUGCCUCAUGCCUUUGAGCUUUCCAGGGUGAAAGUUAUUUGAGACAACUCUUGUGGAUAAAAAAUAAAUUUUGUACAUUAUAAGAAAAUAACUUUGGGAGGAUAUAUCUGUAUGACAGAAAGGGAGGAUUUGCCAAAAAAGAAAACGUGUAAUGUCUUAUUUCUACUUAAUGAAAUGUGUGUAUAGGGGUAACUGUCUCGUGACCUAAUACAAAGCUUGGAUGAUGAAAAAUAGAUAGAUUUUCUUGAUUUUCUGAAAAAUAGAUAGAUGAUGACUGUGCAGGACUUCAAUAAUAUUCAUCAAACAUGCUGCCAUAGCCUAGAUUAUUCUUAGUAAAAAAUACAGCCAUUUAUUGCUAAUUCUUAAAGUUUAUAAUAUAUAUUACUAGAGUUGAAAAUAUAUGUAAUCAAUAAAACCACUGUUUAUUUUUGUUAAACUAUGGCUUGUAUUUCUAGACAGCUUCCUAACUUUUUCUUUUCUCUGCCUCUUGUCUGCUAAGAUGGGAGAGUUCUUAGCAGGAUUAAACAAGUCAGGAGGAGAGGAGUGCUCAGAACAGGGCCUGUUCUGUUAAAUACCUGGUAAAUCUUAGGGAUAUUAUUUGGGAUGUAAUUGAACUUGAGUGUUUUAGUAUUUGAACACUUAAAUAGACAAUGUGCAAGUUUUUUUAAAUCUACUUACCCUCAAAAGAGAUAGUCUAGAAUACAAAGUAGGGUUUCACUCAAAAUAAACAUACAGAUGUAUUUUAUGCACAGAAGUUUUUAAGUGAAAAAGAGUUCUUGACUUGAACAGUUCCUGAUUGGUUGAUUGAAGUCAAACAUUUUUCUCAUAGUGUUGGAAGAAAUAUUCUUAAGACACACUUUCUUUAAUGCUGAAAUUGAACUACUGUUCUGAUACAGUCUUCAAGAUGACCCCCUCACUGAUUCCAUUUUACUUACAUAGUUUGUUGUUUUACAAAAAUGAUCUAAACUUGAAGUCCCAGGAAAUUAUUUUAACCAAUGAAGUUUACACUUUAUUUCUAGCUUAAACAGUUAAAGCAACGUUUCAGGUUGAAAGUCAUAAUUACUAAAAAUGUUCAAGAGCUGCAUCUUGAAUAGAAAAAAGAUAAAUGUUACCAUAACAUUGCCUUAAGUUUUUCCCAUUCUCAUACUCAUUUCUUCUAAAAAGCUGGAACUUCAAGAAGUGUUAAAUGUAGAUCAGAGUCAUGUUUCUGAACCUAUAAAAAAUAAAAAAAUUUCUACCUUAUAUUAAUCUCAUUAUUCAGAAGUAGUUAAAAAGUUUGGUUCAUAAUUAUCUUCCCAGUAGCACUGCUAUAAUGGAUUACCUUAAGGAUUAUCGGUUUAUUUCGCUUUUUCAAUGCAAGCUUUAUUGUGUACAUUUGGUCAGAAUGACGUUUCAGAAUUAAACCUCUUCUAUUAGCA